GGCAGAGAGGCUAGAAGCACAUGAAACACUAACAUCGCUCAGUUGUCAAUAAUAUCAGAGGAAACAUGACCUGAGGGAAAAGGAAUGGAACUCUCAGCACCAUGCGAAAGUAAUACAAAUGAAAGCUGCAAAUCUCACUGAUUUUAUUAACUUGGUUGGGCUCUACUAGAGAAUAAAAAAAAGUUCAACACUGGAUACAUUGUUGUUUAGACAAAUGGAAUAAGCAUCAUUUUUGAUUUAGGAUUCAGGGGAAUAUGACAUCAGUAUAUAGUCUGCUUGUGAAUGGAUCAAAAGCCAAAUUGAAGGAAAACAAGUGAAAAGUUAGAAAGGGGUGCUAUUACAUCAAGACACUGACCACACAGGCGGACAGAAGGAUUUUUUCUUUAUAAUCAGGGUCUGUUUCCUGAAGCAAAUGAAGAAAACCUAGAUGGACUGAUGCUGACGCCAGUCCUUGGAAGUACUGAGAGAGUGGUGAUGCCAUCAUGGUCAAUGCAACAACAAAUGAAACUUGGAAAGAUGAUGAUGUGGACUAUAACUACUCAGCACUUGUUCUUGGAAUCCCGCUCAUCCUAAUUAUUAUUCUUGGUAACAUCUUGGUCUGCCUGAGUGUACUAACAGAAAGAUCAUUAAAGACUGCUACUAACUACUUCAUUGUCAGCUUAGCUGUUGCAGAUCUCCUCCUAGCCAUACUGGUCCUCCCACUGUAUGUAUACUCUGAGUUUUUAGGUGGUAUAUGGACUUUAAACAUGUAUAUCUGUGAUGCAUUAAUGACCAUGGAUGUGAUGCUCUGUACAGCUUCAAUCCUCAACCUUUGUGCAAUAAGUGUUGACAGAUACAUUGCAGUGAUUGUGCCUCUGAAAUACAACAGAAAUCAGUUUAGUAUGCGACAGCUGGUUUUAAUCACCGCAACAUGGGUCUUGUCUUUUGGGGUGGCAAGUCCCGUAAUCUUUGGCUUGAACCAAGUACCUAACCGGGAUCCAAAAGUCUGCAAGCUGGAGGAUGAUAAAUUUGUGGUCUAUUCCUCAGUUUGCUCCUUCUUUGUGCCUUGUCCAGUCAUGCUGCUGCUUUAUUACUGGAUGUUUCGGGGACUAAGAAAAUGGAGUACAAGCCGUAAGGCAAACUUGAUGAAGGGAGAGCGACGUUUUUCCUUCAGUCUGAGGAGUCUACGCCGAGAGAAGAGACAAAAAGUUAAGUACUUGAUGCCUCAGGUCAGCCCUACUGUUGCCAACAAGGUUACAGUGCCUGAGAAUGACUUGAUAACUACUCAGCUGGACAGCACUUCAGAUGCAGAAGCACAAGAAAAGCUAAAGGACGGCAGCCCCAAAGAGAACGGGAUCAAGCACAGUCCUGUCUCCAGCAGAGGGUGUCAGAGCAAGAGCCGCAGAGUGAGUGGGAGGGAGCGCAAAGCAAUGAAAGUUCUUCCGAUCGUUGUAGGUGUAUUCCUGGCAUGCUGGACACCAUUUUUUGUGGUCCAUGUGACAAAGGUUCUCUGUGUUUCCUGUGACAUCACGCCACCCCUGAUCAGUGUGGUGACAUGGCUGGGCUAUGUGAACAGUGCAGUGAACCCCAUCAUCUAUACAGCCUUCAACAUAGAAUUUCGAAAGGUUUUUCAGAAACUGUUGUGCUGUCAAUAAUGGUGACUUCGAAUGAUGAAAAGAAGAAAAGCAA